AUGGCUUCCACUCUCCCAGACAACAUGAAGACUAUCAUCAUUGAAGGUCGUGGUAAGGCGGCAAUAACCACUGCGCCUAUUCCCCAGCUACGAGAUGGAUACAUCCUCGUUAAAACUACUGCUGUCGCCAUCAAUCCAUCUGACUGGAAGCACAUUGACUUCAUGUGGGUUGGCAAUCCCACUGGAACGCGACCAGGCCUCGAAUAUUCAGGCGUUGUCGUCGAAGUCGGCAGUGGAGUGGACAAGGACUUCAAAGUUGGCGACAGAGUAUUUGGGAUUGUUAAUGGCUCGAACAUGAGACAGAAGGAAGACGGUGCAUUUGCAGAGUAUCUUAUUGCAAAGGCGAGCCUGCAGAUGAAGAUACCUGAUCAUGUUGAUGACACUGAGGCGGCGGCAAUUACGUCUGGCCUAGUAGCGGUGGGCCAAGGACUUUACCAGUCUCUAGCACUGCCGCUACCUACCAAGCCGUCACCAGAGCCUAUCCCCCUAAUGAUUUACGGCGGAAGCACUGCGUCGGGAAUCAUGGGCAUUCAAUUUGCCAGAAUGUCCAACUGCACAGUCAUCGUGACUUGUUCGCCCAAGAACUUCGACUACAUGAAGGCUUUGGGGGCUGACUUCUGCGUUGACUACAAAGCAGAGGACUGUGCAGAGCAAGUUAAGAGUUUCACGAAGGGAAGGUUGAGGUACGCCUGGGACUGCAUUGCGACAGCCCAAUCUGCACGGAUAUGCGCCGCGGCGAUGUCGGUGCGAGGCGGGCACUACAGCAGCCUGUUAUACUUGGUUCCCUCCAUCGUCAAGAAGAUUAAUCCAAAGAUCGAAUGCUCUACAACCUUGGGGUACACGAUUCUAGGAGAGACAAUAGAGAAGGAGACCGUCAUUGAGCCUAGACAUGACGACUACGAGUUUGGGAAGAUGUUCUGGGGUGUAAGUGAGAAGCUGUUGCAGGAAGACAAAUUUCGGCCUGCUAGGCAAAUUGUUAAUGAAGGCGGCGAUGGAUUACAGGGUGUUCUUCAUGGCAUCCAGUACCUGAAGCAAGGAAACGUGAGUGCUGGCAAGUUGGUAUACACGAUUGCAUCAUAG